CUCGGUAUGACGGCGUCACGGCUCGCCGGCAGCAGCAGCAGCUCGCAGCCCGGAUGGAAGCAGCUCAUUCCCGCACUGACAAGUCGCAUCGCUCGGUCUUUGGUGGAUGAAAAUGGAUUUUUCCCAAAUGCAUUCGCAGCAGAUUUGCAGCCCAAAUUAGAAAAACAAAACAAAAUUCCUCUGUUUCUUUAUGGCUUCUGGCUCCGGAGAGGAAGAGGGCGCUUCGUGGAGGCUCAUAGGCCCGACAGCGGGGCUCUCCGCCAAACGCUGCCGCCUGAUGUACUCCUCGCUCGGCUUCAACUCUGACGUCUGCCUGUUCUAUGUGAAGGGGGAGUUUUACGCCAUGGAUGCUCGUUGCGCACAUUCCGGCGGUCCUCUGUGUGAGGGCGACAUCGAGGAGGCCGACGGCGUCCUGCAGGUCUUCUGUCCCUGGCACGACUACAACUUUGACCUCAGGACAGGGAAGUCAGGGACGUCCUUACAGCAACAAGUCUAUGAAGUCAAGCUGGAGGACGGCAAUGUGUACGUGAAACACAGCAGUCCUCUCUCCUUGGAGCCUUUUCCUGCUGUGAAGAAGAGUUGAACAACCUCAGUGUCUAUUUUUAAAGACUUGUUCCAGACUUGAGACAUUCCUGAGCCUUAUCCGUCAUUUUCACAGACAGCUUCUACUAUUGAUUUCUGUGAACUCAGGACGAUAUCAAGAGGACUGUCUGAUGAGGACAUGACAUCAUGAAAUUGCUGCCAUUCCAGGUCGAUUCUUUAUCACAGACACUGAACAUGGAGGGAACCAGAUGGUAGAAAAUAUGCAACAUGAAAACACAAAAUGUUACUUUUCUCAGCAAAUGUUGUAGAACCAACCAGCAUACAGUAUUUUAUUAUUGACAGGAUAAAAAAGGAUGUGCCACUUGAUCAUUCUAGAUUUUUAAGGAGUUAUAGUUAUAAGAUAAUAUUAUUUCUGAUGAAAACAUCACAGUCUAUUAAUUGCCAGUCUUGUUGCACUUGUAUUGCAAAUCAUUCUGUUUUUUUGGUGUACAGAAAAUGCUCCCAAAUGUUGUCUUUAAUUUAAAGCUGCUUCACAGAACUUUGUAUUUGUGUUGACUUUGGCGGUCCCUGUGGACAAAAGCAGUAUAGUUUCCAAGCACCAGGAGUCCUGAGGCAAGGCCUCAUAGCUCAGUGGUUAGAGCACUGGUCUAGUAAACCAGGGGUCGUGAGUUCAAUUCUCACUGAGGCCUGACCACUUUUUUUAAAUUUCCCCAC